AUGCCGGAAUCUCCGCAGUCCCCGCAACGGAGGGAGUGCAGUAGCGGUUGCCUCAACGGGGAUAUCGCGGCACACACGUCUAAAACCACGAAAGCAGCUGUUGCCUCUAGUGCUGGUGCACACACGCGUGAAACCUCUAAAGCUGCUGUUGCCUCUAGUGCUGGUGCACAUACGCCUGAAAUCUCUACAGCAGCUGUUGCCUCUAGUGCUGGUGCACACACGCCUGAAAUCACUAAAGCAGCUGUUGCCUCUAGUGCUGGUGCACACACGCCUGAAAUCACUGAAGAGGCGGUUUCCUCGUAUGAUGGUGCCGCCUGCCCGUGCGAAGAGGCGGGCGCUCCCGCAGAGCACGACUCUUCUUCAAGUUUAUCCUCAUCUGAUUCUUCUUCUCCUGCGGAGUCCUCACCACCAUCCUCAUCAUCCGUGGAGGACAAGUAUGACGCCAUGAACGCUUUACCCGGCGAAGCAGCAUCUCCCCCGAAGUGUCAAGGUGACGAAGUGGCCGUGUCCACGGCUGCACUGACGCCCCCCACGACUUCAACAGGCAGCCGCACAAGGUCAGCAGAAGAGGCGAAAGGUCGCACUGCGACACCUGCGAGCAUAGAAUCUGCAGAAGAGGAGCAACGUGAACUGAAGACAAACUCUAGCGUUUCGCGGGCGGCACUGCAGCAGGCCAGCGACUAUCUCACAAAAACAGGUGCGGACCCUGCUGUCCACGUAUCCGAGAGUGCCGGUGCAGUCGACGGUGAGGCCGCCGCAGACGGCGCUGCAGGUGGCGCUGCGGAUGGCGCCGCAGACGGCGCUGCAGACACGAAAUGGGUAAAUAAUCUACGCAAAACUACGGGACGACGCGCGGACAAUUGGGCGCUCCUCUUGCAGGCUGUCGCGGGGUCUUGGCCGUUGCCGGCAGCCGCAGCUGCGGUGCCAAAGAUCAGCCACUGCAGCAGCAGGGGGUCACGAGGACCGUCGAUGGUCUCUACACACGUAUCAGGAGUCAGAACAAGUAGCAGUCAGCCCCCCAGCGUCUGCAGCAUAGGCCAUUCCUCGGCUGAAGACUACUGCCGCAGCAGGGGGGGGUGGAGUUUAGUGAUGUCAAUUCUCCACUGGAUAGAAAGGAAGAUCUCGAGUGAAGAACGCAUCUUGAGGAAUACGCGCCGUUCUGAGUCGCCUUUGAAAGUCUGCAGCAUCUGCUGUUGCUGCUGCUGCAAGUGCUCUCCUUCCUCCAUAGUGAUUAAGACAGCUGCAGCGCCGCUAGCAGACCCUACGCAGGCACCACUAUAUCCCAUUCCUCCUCCGCCUCUGAUCUUCUACGACGGACAAGGAAAGCGCACGUCAGGAAAUCCUGGCUGGUACGCACACAACUACCCACUUUUCCGCCAGCCACGUAUCCAAAGGUUGGGAAUGCUCUACUGGAAAUGGCGAAGCGGUCAGAUUCAUGUCCAUUCUCUGAUACUGCUUCUACUUCAGCAAGCAAUACGGAAGCUCUUACUCCUUUUCAAGACACUGCUCCUACAGUCCACGACACGGCCGCGCUUCUCUCACACAAGCAGGAGGCGACCAUCUGCCCCCCCGCUGGACUUAGCUGCAGAGGAAUCGUACAAGCUUAGUGAUUCCCCCGCCGAGGCGGAGACAGAUGACCAGCAGCUACUCGAUAUGGACGUGCAGGACCGCCAGAUGCCGCACGUGUAUGCCGCAUACGGCUGCGAAGGGACGCCGCCCCUGCCGCGUGGAGGAGGGGAAAGGCGCUGCAGAACUAAGCAAGGCAGCAGAGGAGAAGAACAUGAUACGAGUACCAACGAGCGGAGUUCCUGCAUUUCCUCCCUGAUGCAAGGCUCUCCAGGCGCUAAGAUCGCUCACGAUUGCCGCAGGGAUGGCCCGGGCGUCACAAAAAAACUAAAAAGAAGCAAACGUCGCAGUGAACGCAACAUCGCGGAGGAAAGUCAGCGUGUCCACCCAAGAUAUGGUGCAGUCUCCAACGUCCAGGAUGGGAAAACAGGAGAAGAAGCUGCUGGCGGGGACUGGCUUGGUCACUUCUUCAAGCUGUUCACAGCAGAAGGGUUCACACCGGAAACACAGAACGAAGAAAGAGGACCAGUUCCAGGCCUGACUGAGCAUCAGAGAGGCGCCCGCGCCGGCGAGGAGGAGGGCAGGCUGCGUCUGCCGAGCGUCAGCAUUCCGGAAAUCGUGGAGAAAGGUUGCAACACCGAGGACAGAAGCCACACCUUCCCGAGGAUGCACGGAACAGCAUUACUGGCUCCGGCUGACGUGGGCAAAUCUGAGGAGUCUCUGUUCAAACGCUUAUCGGCCCAUUUUACCAACUUAUCCCAGUUCUGUAAGAAGAAGGAAGCAGAAGCUCGCCGCUCCUCAAGGGGAAAGGAAACAGAACAGAGAGUUCAGAAAGUUACUGUCGCGAAGUGGCUGCGGCAGCUGCAGCAUUAUGAGUCAGAGUCAGAGCUCUGCCUUCGCGUCAAGUUCCUAGUUCUGUUGCUGAUCAUGUUUCCCUUUGUCCACGGGGUGUAUAUUCCUUGUCUCGGUCUGAUAUGGCUGGUGCGCCGGGCGUACGAUGCCUGCUGGUGGUUCUACGCGACGCGCUGCUGUAGCUACACAACAGCGAAGCGGCAGUUUCGUUGCUGGCAGCAGCAGAAUAAGAACGAGCAGCAACAGAUGGACCCGUGGACAUUACAGCAACAGCAGCAGCCACGUCAGCAGCGUGAAGCAGGAGCUUCAUUCUCUGGUACUUACGAAGAGACAGACGCACUCAAGCGAACACAGCAAGACCAGCAGCAGCAGCAGCAAGAGCUGCAGAUGAAGCACAAGAUGGAGGGCGCGCAGCAAGACGUGCAAGAGGCAGAAGCAGCAGCGGCAAUGCAUCAGGCGUUGCAAGUAUCGCAGCGAGUGAAGCAGGAAGACGGGUCCGGGCAUCAAGGACAGCAGGAGAAGGUAGCCAAACGGGAGGAGCACGAACGACAAAGGAUGCAGCAAGAAGAUGGACAGGAGGGAGGAGAAGCUGCGGAGCAGGAUUUGCAGCAGCAGUUGAUGCAGUUGCGCGGCCUAUCCAGCACGUCAAGCUGGGUCUACCUGAUUCUAAAUAUACUAUUCAUCUGGAGAGCCAUCACAGGCAUCAGGUCUCUUUUCGCGCGUAAAGAAAGUGUAAGCCAGCGCCACGUUACAGGUCCGAGAAGAAUAUACAACAUUACAUGUAGCCUGUCAUACAUACUCUUUUCUGUGCUACGCACAGCCUACCAAUACUGCACGGUUCCUCUUUUCUCUCUCUCCCGCUCUCUGGCGUCCCCGCGUUUCCUACUCCAUUCUGCCUCCCCUUUGGCGGACAGGCAGAAACCUUCCAAUCUUGAUGCUUUUGCAAAAGCUUCAGGGUACUGGAGCAUCCUUUAUAUUCUUCUCCGCCUCGCCGCUGCUACAAACAAGUUUGCAGGGCUACUUAAAGGACGAGGAUCUUCAAGGAAGGGAGCUCUCAAUGCAGUAGGUGUAAAGUCAGAGUAUGCAGCAACGACUAAAAAGGACGCGGAGAAGAGCACACUCAUUAAGAAAGAAAGGGACGCCGGAGCGGUAGCAGCUGUACAUAAGGAAAUUCGUACAGGGAAGGGAGGAGCUGUGUUUCUCGGUUCCAGUGGCACACGAGAACCCGAAGAGUGCAGACAAUGUCGCUCGACAAGCGAGACCCAUCUCCAGGAAGAAGAAAAAGAAGAAGAAGAAGAACAAAAAAAAAAAGAAAAAGAAAAAAAAGAGGAAGGAGAUUUUGCGACCCGUCUGCGUCUAUUAGAUACGAAAAGUCAUCCCCUUCCGGGAGCCCGGAAGCGAUUUUUCCGCGUUUCAGAAUUCCUUUUUGAGGCUGCAGCCUCUGUUAUGCGUCUGUCUCUCGUCGAUCGUCCUAGUGUACCUACAGGUAGAAGGCAAAUUCAAAACAGCAGACAGCUACGAGAAAACUGUUCAGUAAUAGCGGACGGCUCCAAGACAGGUCCAUCUGCGAGGAUGAAAAAGAAGAAAGCAGAAAUCCUAGGUGCAUUGAACGGGCAAGAACUGUUCCUGUUUUCUCAGCCACACCUGGUGGUGUGCGCUUUUGGCUACACAGAGAGAUUGACGCGCGGCGAGCUGCUGCGUGUCGUGCAAAAGAAGAUGCUGGCGCGACAAGAAGAUUUCUACAAAUUUCAACAUUCCAGUAAAGGGGAGGAACGCGUAGGAAACACACCAGCUCGGCAUCCACCUGGAGCAGACGCAGAGCAGAAGAGACGGAGGGGGAGACAAAUGGACUGGAAGGAGAGGAGGAGAAGAAGCGAAAGGACAGAAGGACACCUGCGAGAAGUAAAACAGCAACACACAGGGCAUGGAAAAGACGAAGGAGAAGGCCAGAUGAAGAGAGAUAUGAACGAGGUGGAGUAUGUGAAAUCGGCGUCGAGGGAGAUCAACAAAGAAGAACUGGAAGGUGUAGAGGAAAGCUUUGCAGACACCGAAAAUGAGGAAGAUGAUGUGCCACUGCUGUGCUACAAGCAUCCACGACUACGUACGACAAUUAAGAUGGUACUAGGUCGCCACUGCUGGGUACGAGACGAACAUUUCUCAGCUGAUAGACAUGUUAUCAGUCUUGAUAGACAGCAAGUUCUUGCUCUCCUAGCACUGCACCAGAGACAGCAGUCGCCGGCAGAUCUCCAAACACUGAAGGAAAAUAUACGGCGGCAGCAGACCGAGUCUCUGAGGGCGUCGCGUCUUUCGCGCGCUCAGCAGCGGUGGGAGAACAAGCGUGAGGAAGAAACGAAGAAGGGAGAAUCUUGCUCGUCCACCGGAGAGCAGCCGGCACAAAAGGAGGAUAAACCAAAGGGAUGCACAUUCGGGGAGGGAAAGGACCAACAGGAAGAAGCGAGAUACUGUGAGAGAACAAGAAGAGCGGACAGGUGGUCCGAUGGUGAGGCAGGCGUCGGCACCUCGGGGGCCGGGCGUAGUAGUCGGAGACACAGAUAUGCCUCAUGCAUGAACGAAGACAAAUUUCUCGCGAAAGACGAUAACCUGACCCCCCUUGGGAAGCGGAGAAGUCUUGUCGAUGAACGUGGUGGUAGCAAAGACAGCACUGCAGCCGCUGCCUCAUGCGAGCACUGCAAACAAGGUGGAGACGUAGAGGAGAUGAUGGCUUUUGUCCGCCGGAGUCUACGCUCUGGCUGGCACGCCCGCACGGGGGGAAGCGAGGACCUGCUUCUAGGAGGAAACGUGUGCCCGCAUGCUGUAACGCGCAGAAACACCAGAGAGAACAUGAAAGAUGAAACAGAAAAAGAAGGUAGCUUCUGUGUUACAUGUGGCAGCACCCCUUUCUGCAGAAGCAGCUUGCAGACAGAGGAUGGAAAGACAAUGUCAGACGUGGGGGCUGCCUACUACUGCGAUAGGAACAGUAAGCACCGCAGCAGCACCAAUACUAACACAAUACGCGAGACGGCUGAGGAGGCCGAGAACGCAAGCGAUGAAGAGAACAAGGGGAAGGACAAGGAGGAGGACGGGAAGGAGGUGCAGAGCGGCCUCCGGCGUCCUAAUAUCUCCAUUCCCGGCGGAAGUGAGAGGAGCAAUGAUACAGAAGGAAUCUCAGCUACAUGCACUGCUAAUAGAGGAAGAGAAGGCACCCACCACUGGAGGUCAAGGAACAGCAGCGUACCAUGUAUGCCGCUCAACAGUGGCCACUGCAGGAGCCUGCCAGAGGCAGAACAGCGUGGGUGCAGCGGAAGAAAGAUGUGUGACUGUGUAGUGCGUAAAGAGGAAGCAGAAGCGCUGGUGGCAUUGCUAAGCAGUCAGACUCUUCCACCUGCCCAGCCACUGUGGCAAUUUGUGCUGCUCGAGUCUGUAGAGCUCCCUCUAGACGUGUCCUCUGCAUCAGAAGAAAUUCGAUAUUUCACACAACAGCCCACCGCACGUGCGUGUCGCGAGGACACGAAGAUCAAAAAUAAUGAUUGCUAUGCAGACGAAGGCAGCAAGAGUGACAGAGACUGGCUUCGCGACUGCUGCCAGCGAGACAAUUCUUUGAAGGAAGGGAAGCAAGCUACAAGCGGCAGAAAACGAUCUGCAGCAAGCAGCACAGCGUCUACACGCAGCAACGGAAUACCUCUGCAGGAAAUGGAAAAAAGAGAAAGUACCGGGACAAGACAGAGCAAGACAGGACAAGUCGAAAGCAUGCGGCGGGACCCAGGCGGGAGUAUCGAUGGCAGCAGAGACUGCGUAGCUCCUACAUUCAGCAAAAAUAGUGGUCAACUGGUGUGCCUAAGAGGGAGAAGAACAAGGAGGAAUAAGAACGUAGAAGAAGAUGAUGCCCUCAGAACACCGCAGAGCGGUACUCAGCACCAACUAGGCAAAGAACAGCAGCAGAGUACUCAACACCAACUAGAGAAAGAACAGCAGGACACGCCUCAUGUAGUCGCCCAGCAGGAGACGGCCACAGAGAAUACGAAGACAGCUCCGCAUCCACCAGUACUCUCGAACAGCAGUAGUCUAUCAAAGCUAUCAAACACAACGAGCGCAGCACACGGAGGCAACUGCAGCGUCGUCCAAGUUAAUAUAGCAUGGGGAAGGAGAGGGAUUACGAGCCCGGGAGGCUGUAUCGAGACUGAGAGAGCUCCGCGGCGCAGUUUGAAAAGGAGGCUUCAUGACUCUUCGCGGGAACCUCAAGCAGACAACUGGACCACGCGAAGCACUGUAAGAAGUAGGUGCAGCGACAACAACUCUAACAAACCGCGUGUAGGGUCUCUGCUACUUUUCCGUAUUCAUCAUGCCGUGGCUGAUGGAAUUGCUCUUAUCAACAUGUUCCUUUCCGACGUCUUUACAGCGCAGCCGCCGCAGCAGCGGACCGAUCGCAAGGCAGAGCAGCAACAUGUGUCGCCUGCGACUUCGUCAGCAGUACCAGGUGAUGAAGAUGCAGCCACUGUGAAACAGAGUGCAGCUAGUGCGGCAAAGGCUUCCGCACAGUCAGGUAGGAAGCAGCUCGAGCAGCCUGUCGCUGCAGUGAAAGGCCGGAUAAUGAGUGGACGUUCCGGCAGAAGUGAGACACAGAGAGAGGCAGGGGAAAAACAAAGUGAACCCGACACUAAGACAGAGACGCUGGACACGAAAGACUACCCAGCUGCUUCCUUACAAGUACUGCCAGAAGAUAUGCCGUCGUCGACUCCAGCGACCACAGCUGCAUCAUCUCCUGCUUCCAGCGGCCGCUGUUUCGAUGGAAAACCUCUCCACAAGUGUCUACCUGAGUCAUCGGCGGCAGGUAUCCAGCCGCUUCCUCGUACUCAUCACUAUGCAGGUGGCGCCUUGCCGGAGUCUGCUGCUGCUGCAGUGGCCUCCCCUAGGGAUGGUGCUGCUGCUGCUGAGUGUCCUCCUGCCGUCAAACCUUCUUCGUCUUCGGCUUCUGUCCGCCGUGCAGCCACUACAAGCGAAGACACAAGCGCUGCAGCUGCUGUUACAUCUGCUGCGGCUGCGGAGAAACUCUCGGUUCUGACACAACCUCUACUACGUGCAGUCAGCUUUCUCUGCUGCCGCGGCUACUCGUACUUCUCCUCGCGUACCUGCAAAUUCCGUGGCACGUCUGCUCGCUCCUCGUGCUGCGCAGAGAAAGGUGCUGGGAUAAUCCGCGACAACCCAAACGCGUCAAAAGAGGUCUCCAGCAUUCUUGUGUAUUUCUACAUGUGCCGUCAGUGCCGGGGCAGAAAACGAAAACGUGUAUAUUCUAAGAAGAAGCGGCAGCUGGCAGUGUCGGGCUGGGCGCAUGACGUCCAUUUUCGUUUUGAUUUGCAGCGCCUGCGAAAGCUGCGGCGUUCUCUGGCGGCAGCAGCUGCAGCAGCAGCACGAGGAGGAGAAGAAGCUGCAGUAGCACCAACAGGAGGAUCUACGCGGCCCGCGGAGAGGGAUGUUUUCUGUAGUUCUCGCUCCGCUCUCGUGCUUUCCGGACGACUUCGGCAAGUGCUGCAGCACUGGCUUUCUGUGGGAGUCCCCUAUCUCUCUUGCCUGCUGCAGCACUCAGAACUGGCCGCAUUUGCACGUCGCUUAUGCCACAGGUUGAGGUACUCAGCGUCCACCCAUUCAACGGAUCUGUCGCUCGCGCUUCCUGCGGUUUCGGGUGGCGCUGCUGCUGCGGCUGCUGCUGCCGCUGCUGCUGCUAUGCCAGAAGUUGCUCUGGCUGCUGCAGGCUUGGCAGAUAACUCAGAAACCGCCGCUACAGAGAGAUGCGGCACACGGGCGGCGGCGGACACGUCCCGCCCGGAUACGGCGGCUCAGCGGGCAACAGGAGGCCUGUCUGUAAUGUCUGGAGGCCUGUCUGCAAUGUCUGUCUUUCACGCAGCUGCCGAAAUUAUUCGUCUUUGCGCGCGAAGGAGGACCUGCCGCACUAACAGCAGCAGCCGGCACCGGCUAUCUCAGGCAGGCCUGGCAGCAGCUUUCUUUUGUCCCCCUGCCACCGCCAUUGCUGCGGCUGCUGCCGAUCCUGCCUCAGUUAUGAAAGGGGGAACAAGUGCUUUCACCAUCAAUGAGUUGCUAACGAGCUGCAUAGCUGGCGGCAUAUGCCGCUACAUGCACAUCAAAGCCGAGGAGACACAGUCACAAGCCGUGGAAGGAGAGACAGAAGACUCACAGGUGUGUUCCUUGUAUAGCGCCAACAUUGUUUCCACUCCAGCUCCAUUUGCCGGUUGUUCGGCUUCUCCGAAGAAGCAACAGGCGAGCAACAGCGGGGAAAGACGGAGAACACAACGUUCUGCUCCUCGAGAGAGGUGUCAUGAAACAACGCGCGGACUCUCUCCGUGUUCCCCAGGUACUUGCAGAAAUGCUAAACGCAGGUGUGUUGUUGCCGGCGAGAAUGCAAGACAUGCAGGAGACAUUACGGAAUACGACAAGUUCUUCUCGGCAGCAGUGCAGUACGAGUAUGCUCACAGCAGCACUGCGGACGUUCAGCAAAGCGCGAGCACUUGGCGCAGUACGGAAGACACGCCCCUUCUCAGCCAGAGGAACAAGGGACCAACCAGGAGGAAAGAGGAACCAGCAAGGAGGAAAGAGGAACCAACAAGGACAGACAGGGACGAAGACAGGUACGUGCGCAGUCCAAGACGCCACAGCGUUGUCGCCUCCUGUGCGUGCGGCUUAUCGUCGUCAACCACUCACGUACGGCUGAGGGCAAGAAGCAGUGAUGCAGGGGUGAGUCCGCCUGCUAAGAGAAGCCGCCUGCACACGCCUGUGCCGCGGUGGACUGAGGGAAAGAAAGAGCAGGCACGCAGAGGCUGCAACAGGGCUGCAGUCAGCAGCGGCUGCGUGCUGCGCAGGAAAGAGCGAAUACAGGUUUUCGAUGGCAACAGCAUCAUAAAGGACUACUUAUGUCCGCGCGGGGCUGGGGAAAAAGAAAAAGAGGCACGGAGAGGCGGCGAGGGCGCUGCAGUCUGCAGCGGCUAUAUGCUGCGCCGGAAAGAGCGAGUUCAAGUUUUCGAUGCCGACCGUGUUAUAGGUGAGGACUACUUACGUCGUUUCACGAGUGACAAAGGCACGGGAGCCCACCAAGCAGCAGCUGACGGACGGACCCGCGCCGGCAGACGGCCCCGCAGCGGGCCAGAUGUACCGUCGGAGGAGCAGCAAGGAGCCUCCAGCAGCACCACACCUGUUUCAACUGCAGAGAACAAUCCGGCUGACGGUGCCGGGAAUCAGCAGCAUGCUGCGAAGGGACCAGACGCUUGCAGCAGCCGACAGGGGACGGAGUCUGCUGCUGUAGAAGCCAUACGUCCUCGCAAGGCAGUGGCAGCAGUUGCUGCCGAACCUAGCAAGCCGAUGGCAGCAGUUGCUGCCGGGACGAGCAAGGCAGUAGCAGCAGUUGGUGCCGAGACGAGCAAGGCAGUUGCAGCAGUUGGUGGCGCGACGUGGAGACGGCCUGCGCAGGCGGAGAAGCAUGUCACAAAGGACAUCCCCCUACAUUGGCCGGAGAGGAAGACACGAAAGCAACGACUGUCAGUGCACCUCAACAUUGUAGUGCCCGUCAAUCUGCGAACAACCGAAGAGGAAUCAUUUCAGCUACGCAACAAGUUCACGUCCGUGGUCGUGCAGCUGACCCCGGAGGAUCUGUCUGCUUCCGCCUCUGCCUACGAAAGGUGA